UUUAUUUAUCUUUUAAAAUAAUUUAAAAUGGAUAGUAUUGAAAAAGUUAUUAAUCUUUUACACAAAAGAAGAACUAUUCGUGAAGAACAAUUCACAAUUGAAGAAAAGAAGCAAAUUACUGAAUACAGUAAUUUGAUAAAUACAUUACAAGCUAUAAAAGAUGAACGGAACACUUAUAAAGAAAGUAUUGUUAAAAAUCUUCAAAGUUUAACAAUGCAUAAACAUUCAAUAUAUAAAUUAAUUUAUAAUGCAGAAAAUAUAUCAGGAUUACCAGUUUCUCAUGAUUAUCAUCGCCAAGCAAUAAUGUUUUUAUCUGAAGGAAUUGAUUUUAUAAAUAAAUUACAAGAUAUAUUUAAAAAUUUUGACAAUAUUGAUAAAAAAAAUAAUAUUAAUUCUAUGAAUAUGCUUCAUGAUAUUAUAUUUUGUACAAAAAGCAUAGGAAAUGAACUUUGUAAAGUAAAGUCCUUAAUUUCAGAUAUAAAAACAUUACAAAAAAAUACAGAAAUAUUACAAGAAUAUUAUUUAGUUAAUGACGAUGAAGAUAUUAAAAUCUAAACAUUGUCCUAUUUGGAAUAAGAA